GUGUCACCGCGCGCCAUGCCCGCCUGCCCGCCCGCCCACCUACCUCCCCGCGGUUCUAGAGGGGGCUCACAGAGCUGAGGACGCGCACGGCACCGCUCAAGGUCUCUCUCUCUCUCUCUCCGUACCCUCGCCUGCCGGCAUCUGACGCGGGCACCAAGGGGCUCCGGGCACCUUUCUGAGUAUACCUUCUCUGGUUCAGUCGGGACUCUGCAACCCAGCCGCUGCCGCUGCGGCCACCGCCCGAGGGGACCUGCGGACAGCACGCCAGCAGGAGGAGGGGUGCGCAAGCGCCCGCGCCGAGUGUCUCCUCCGCUGCGCAGCGAGACCCAGGCCUCCUGGCCUCAGGAGUCCCCGGCUGCCUCUCCAGGUGUACUGGACUGAAGUUCUUUGAGGAGGGAGUCCAACUCUUCAAGGUGAACUAUGACCACUUUUCUCUUGCUUUUUGUGACUCUGAGGGUCAUCACUGCAGCCGUCUCAGAAGAGGUUUCAGAGCAUGACAACUCCCUGAGUGUGAGCAUCCCCCAACCGUCCCCAGUGAAGGUCCUCCUGGGGACCUCCCUGACCAUCCCCUGCUAUUUCAUUGACCCCAUGCAUCCUGUGACCACCGCCCCCUCCACUGCCCCCCUCGCUCCGAGAAUCAAGUGGAGCCGUGUUUCCAAGGAGAAGGAGGUGGUACUGCUGGUGGCCACUGAAGGGCACGUGCGGGUCAACAGUGCCUAUCAAGACAAGAUCUCGCUGCCCAAUUACCCGGCCAUCCCCAGCGACGCCACCUUGGAGAUCCAGAACCUGCGCUCCAAUGACUCCGGGAUCUAUCGUUGCGAGGUGAUACACGGCAUCGAGGACAGCGAGGCUACCCUGGAGGUUGUGGUGAAAGGCAUCGUGUUCCACUACAGAGCCAUCUCCACGCGCUACACCCUGGACUUUGAUAGGGCGCAGCGGGCCUGCCUGCAGAACAGCGCCAUCAUUGCCACACCUGAGCAGCUGCAGGCUGCCUAUGAGGACGGCUUCCACCAGUGUGACGCAGGCUGGCUGGCCGACCAGACUGUGAGGUACCCCAUUCACACCCCCCGGGAAGGCUGCUAUGGAGACAAGGAUGAGUUUCCAGGUGUAAGAACCUACGGCAUCCGAGACACCAAUGAGACCUAUGAUGUGUACUGUUUCGCCGAGGAGAUGGAGGGCGAGGUCUUUUAUGCAACCGCUCCAGAGAAGUUCACCUUCCAGGAGGCAGCCAACGAGUGCAAGAGGCUGGGCGCCCGGCUAGCCACCACCGGCCAGCUCUACCUGGCCUGGCAGGGUGGCAUGGACAUGUGCAGCGCCGGCUGGCUGGCCGACCGCAGCGUGCGCUACCCCAUCUCCAAGGCCCGGCCCAACUGCGGGGGCAACCUCCUGGGUGUGAGGACCGUCUACCUACAUGCCAAUCAGACGGGCUACCCCGACCCCUCAUCCCGCUACGACGCCAUCUGCUAUACAGGUGAAGACUUUGUGGACAUCCCAGAAAAUUUCUUCGGGGUAGGUGGUGAGGAAGACAUCACCAUCCGGACAGUGACCUGGCCCGAUGUGGAGCUGCCCCUGCCCCAAAACAUCACGGAGGGGGAAGCCCGAGGCAACGUGAUCCUCACUGUAAAGCCCAUCCUGAACGUAUCCCCCACUGUCCUGGAGCCUGAGGAGCCCUUCACAUUUGUCCCUGAUGUGGGAGCCACCGCCUUCCCCGAGACAGAGAAUGGGACUGGAGAGGCCACCAGGCCCUGGGACUUUCCUGAGGAGGCCACAUCUGGGCUGGGCUCUGUCACGGCCUUCACCAGCGAGGAUUUGGUGGUGCAGGUGACUGUUGCCCCUGGUGAAGCCGAGGUCCCUGGGCAGCCCCGUUUGCCAGGGGGAGUCGUGUUCCACUACCGCCCAGGAUCCACCCGAUACUCUCUGACCUUUGAGGAGGCGCAGCAGGCCUGUCUACGCACCGGGGCGGUCAUAGCUUCACCCGAGCAGCUCCAGGCCGCCUAUGAGGCGGGCUACGAGCAAUGUGAUGCUGGCUGGCUGCAGGACCAGACCGUCAGAUACCCCAUUGUGAGCCCACGGACCCCAUGUGUGGGCGACAAGGACAGCAGCCCUGGGGUCAGGAGCUACGGUGUGCGCCCAUCAUCAGAAACCUAUGAUGUCUACUGCUACGUGGACAAGCUCGAGGGGGAGGUAUUCUUCGCCACACGCCUGGAGCAGUUCACCUUCCAGGAGGCCCUGGAGUUCUGCCAGUCGCAAAACGCCACACUAGCCUCCACCGGCCAGCUCUAUGCCGCCUGGAGCCGAGGCCUGGACAAGUGCUAUGCCGGCUGGCUGGCGGACGGCAGCCUCCGCUACCCCAUCGUCACCCCUCGGCCAGCCUGCGGCGGGGACAAGCCAGGAGUGAGAACUGUCUACCUCUAUCCCAACCAGACGGGCCUUCCAGACCCACUGUCCCGGCACCACGCUUUCUGCUUCCAAGGUGCAUCAAUGGUGACCUCUCCAGGAGAAGAGGAGGUCAGAACUCCCACAGCACCCACUGACGUGGAGGACUGGAUCAUUACCCAAGUGGGACCUGGUGUGGCUGCUGUCCCCAUAGGAGAGGAGACAACUGCAGUCCCAGACUUCACCACAGAGCCAGAAAAUCAGACAGAAUGGGAACCAGCCUACACCCCAGUGGGCACAUCCCCACUGCCAGAAAUCCCUCCCACAUGGCCUCCCACUAGUGCAGCAACAGAGGAAAGCACAGAAGGCCCUUCUGCAACUGCAGUGCCCUCUGCCCCGGAAGAGCCUUUCACCUCGGAGGAGACCUACACACCUGCCCAUGUCAUGCCAAGUGGGAUGGAACUGCCAGGCUCUGGGGAAGUAUCUGGAGCCCCUGACACCAGCGGUGACUUCACAGGCAGUGGAGAAGCUUCAGGACGCCUUGACACCAGUGGGCAGCCCUCAGGGGUCAGUGCAAGUGGACUGCCCUCUGGAGACCUUGAUUCCAGUAGUAUCACCUCCACAGUGGGCUCAGGCCUGCCUGUGGAAAGUGGACUGUCCUCAGGAGAUGAAGGUAAAAUUGAGUGGCCUACCACUCCUAAGGUUAGUGGGCUACCCUCUGAAGGUGAGGGCUUAGAGGGCUCUGCCUCUGGAAUAGGGGACCUCAGCAGGCUUCCUUCUGGGGAGGAAGUUCUAGAGACUUCUGCCUCUGGAGUAGGGGAUCUCAGUGGACUUCCUUCAGGAAGAGAAGGUCUAGAGACUUCUGCCUCUGGAGUCGAGGACCUCAGUGGGCUUCCUACUGAAAAACAAAGUCAAGAGACUUCUGCCUCAGGAGUAGAAGAUAUCAGUGGGCUUCCUUCAGGAGGAGAAGGUCUAGAGACUUCUGCCUCUGGAGUAGAGGAGGGCAGUGGGCUUCCUACUGAAAGUGAAGGCCUAGAGACUUCUACCUCUGGAGUAGAGGACCUCAGUGGGCUUCAUACUGGAAGUGAAGGUCUAGAGACUUCUGCCUCUGGAGUAGAGGACCUCAGUGGGCUUCCUUCUGGAGGAGAAGUUCUAGAGACUUCUGCCUCUGGAGUAGAGGAGGUCAGUGUGCUUCCUACUGAAAGAGAAGGUCUAGAAACUUCUGCCUCUGGAGUAGAGGAGGUCAGUGGGCUUCCUACUGAAGGUGAAGGCCUAGAGACUUCUACCUCUCGAGUAGAGGACGUCAGUGGGAUUCCUACAGAAAAAGAAGGUCUAGAGACCUCUGCCUCUGGAGUGGAGGACAUCAGUGGGCUUCCUUCUGGAAUAGGAGGUCUAGAGACUUCUACCUCUGGAGUAGAGGACAUCAGUGGGCUUUCUUCUGGAGGAGAAGUUCUAGAGACUUCUGCCUCUGGAGUAGGGGAUGUCAGCAGGCUUCCUACUGGAAGAGAAGGUCUAGACAUUUCUGCCUCUGGCACAGAUGAUGAACUUAGUGGUGGACUUCCUUCUGGAAGAGAAGGUAUAGAGAUUUCUGGUUCUGGAGUAGGAGAAGAUCUCAGUGGACUUCCUUCUGGAAGGGAAGGUCUAGAGACCUCAACUUCGGGAACUGAAGAAACCUCAGAAGGAUUACCUUCUGGAACAGAAGAUUUGGUAGGGUCUGCUUCUGGAACCUUGGUCUUUGAAAAGCUGCCUUCUGGAACUGUAGGAAGUGGACAAGUUCCAGAAGAAAGUGGCCUUCCCUCUGGAUUUAGUGGUGAGUAUUCUGGAGUGGACUUUGGAAGUGGCCCAUCCUCUGGCCUGCCUGACUUUAGUGGACUUCCAUCUGGAUUUCCAACUGUUUCUCUAGUGGAUACUACAUUGGUAGAAGUGGUCACAGCCUCCACUGCAAGUGAACUGGAAGGGAGGGGAACCAUUGGCAUCAGUGGUGCAGGAGAAAUAUCUGGGCUGCCCUUCAGUGAACUGGACAUUAGCGGGGGAGAAAGUGGACUCCCUUCAGGAAUUGAACUCAGUGGUCAAACAUCUGGAUCUCCUGACAUCAGUGGAGAAACAUCUGGAUUAUUUGAUGUUAGUGGACAGCCAUCUGGGUUUCCUGACAUCAGUGGGGGAACAUCUGGCAUUUCCGAGGUCAGUGGGCAGCCAUCAGGGUUUCCUUACACAAGUGGGGAAACAUCUGGAGUGACUGAGCUUAGCGGACUAUCUUCUGGACAACCAGAUGUCAGUGGAGAAGCAUCUGGAGUUCUUUUUGGCAGCAUCCCACCAUUCGGUAUAACUGACCAGAGUGGAGAAACAUCUGGGGUUCCUGAUCUCAGUGGGCAGCCAUCAGGAAUAACACCCAGAAUCCCGGACCUGGUUUCUGGCACCAUGAGUGGCAGUGGGGAAUCUUCUGGAAUUACAUUUGUGGACACGAGUUUGGUUGAAGUGACCCCUACUACAUUUAAAGAAGAAGAAGGCUUAGGGUCAGUGGAACUCAGUGGUCUCCCUUCUGGGGAGACAGAUCUGUCAGGCACAUCUGGGGUAGUGGAUGUCAGUGGACAAUCUUCUGGAAUAAUCGAUUCCAGUGGGUUUACAUCCCCAGUUCCAGAAUUCAGUGGCCUACCAAGUGGAGUGACUGAGGUCAGUGGAGAAACUUCUGGAGCUGAGAUGGGGAGCAACCUGUCUUCAGGAGGAUAUGACAGCAGUGGACUUCCAUCAGGUUUCCCAACUGUCUCUCUCAUAGACAGAACUUUGGUGGAAUCUGUAACCCAGACUCCAACAGCCCAAGAAGCUGGAGAAGGACCUUCAGGCAUUUUGGAACUCAGUGGUACCCAUUCUGGAACACCAGACAUGUCUGGAGACCAUUCUGGAUCUUUGGACCUAAGUGGACUGCAAUCUGGGAUGGUGGAACCCAGCGGAGAGCCAUCAAGCACUCCAUAUUUCAGUGGGGACUUUUCAAGCACCACUGAAAUAAGCGGAGAAUCCUCUGCAGCCACAAGCACGAGUGGAGAGGCCUCGGGUCUUCCAGAAGUUACUUUAAUCACUUCUGAGUUCGUGGAGGGUGUAACCAAACCAACUGUUGUUUCCCAGGAACUUGGCCAAAGAUCCCCUGUGACAUAUACACCCCAGCUUUUUGAGGCCAGUGGGGAAGCCUCUGCCUCUGGGGACAUGAGUGGGGCUACACCAACGUUCCCCAGUUCUGGAGUAGAAGCAUCAUCAGACCCAGAAGCCAGCAGUGAAUUGUCUGCCUAUCCUGAGGCUGAAGUGGGAACAUCUGCUGCCCCAGAGGCCAACGGAGAGGUGUCUGGGGCCUCUACUCUGCAGGAAACCACCUCUGCCUUGCACGAAGCUGACCUCAAGAACGCCUCGGGCCUGGGGGUGAGCAGCAGCCCUUGGGCUUUUCAGGAAGGUUCCGUGGAGGGGUCUGCUGCUCCCGAAGUGACCAGAGAGUCAACCAUCACCUAUGAUGUGGGCACAGAGGUAUCCGGCAUGCCUUCAGCCACUCCUGUGACCUCUGGGGACAGGACUGAAAUCAGUGGAGACCUGUCUGGUCAGACCUCAGGGAUGGAUAUUGUCAUCAGCACCAGCCUCCCAGAAUCUGAAUGGAACCAGCAGACCCAGCGCCCUGCAGAGGCACAUCUAGAAAUCGAGUCCUCAAGUCCCUUGUUCUCAAGAGAAGAGACCCAAACGGCUGGAACAGCCACCUCCCCAACAGAUGCUUCCAUCCCAGCUUCCCCAGAGGGAUCGGGAGAAUCAGAGUCCACCGUUUCAGCCCCUGCUAGGUCCUGUGCAGAGGAGCCCUGUGGCGUUGGAACCUGCCAGGAGACAGAGGGACGUGUCAUAUGUUUUUGCCCCCCUGGCCACACUGGCGAGCACUGUGACAUAGACAUUGAUGAGUGCCUCUCAAGCCCUUGUCUGAAUGGAGCCACCUGCGUGGAUGCCAUCGACUCUUUCACAUGCUUAUGCCUUCCCAGCUACGGAGGGGACCUGUGUGAGAUCGACCAGGAGGUAUGCGAGGAGGGCUGGACCAAGUUCCAGGGACACUGCUACCGCCACUUCCCUGACCGUGAGACCUGGGUGGAUGCUGAGAGACGGUGUCGAGAGCAUCAAGCGCACCUGAGCAGCAUCGUCACCCCUGAGGAGCAGGAGUUUGUCAACAAAAACGCUCAAGACUACCAGUGGGUCGGCUUGAAUGACAGGACCAUCGAAGGGGACUUCCGCUGGUCAGAUGGACACCCCUUGCAAUUUGAGAAAUGGCGCCCCAACCAGCCUGACAACUUCUUUGCCACUGGAGAGGACUGCGUGGUGAUGAUUUGGCAUGAGAAGGGCGAGUGGAAUGAUGUUCCCUGCAAUUACCACCUGCCCUUCACGUGUAAAAAGGGCACAGUGGCCUGCGGAGACCCCCCUGUGGUGGAACAUGCCAGGACCUUUGGACAGAAGAAGGACCGAUAUGAAAUCAAUUCCCUGGUUCGGUACCAGUGCACUGAGGGCUUUGUCCAGCGCCAUGUGCCCACUAUCCGGUGCCAACCCAGCGGGCACUGGGAGGAGCCUCGGAUCACCUGCACGGACCCCACCACCUACAAGCGCAGACUACAGAAACGGAGUUCACGGCCCCCAAGGAAGAGCCACCCCAGCACGGCCCACUGAGAAGAGUUUCCAGAACGCACCCAGGAUGCUGAGCCCGGGAGCCUGGCAGGCAGACAGUGCAUCCCAUCCAGUUGGUGUCCUCUUGUCACUUUUUGUCAUAUAAGGAAUCCCAUUAAAGGAAAAAAAAAUGAAUCCCACAUUGUGUAUGCACCCACCCCCACCCCAUCCCCAAGUCACCAAAACCUCAUCUAAUUUGUCCCCCAAAUGCCAAAGCAAAGCAAACUUACUGUAACCCAUGGACUGAGUUUAGAGACAUUUCUUCAAUCUCCCGUUGUGCCUUUCCAGGGACCAGAGCAGGGACAGGGGGAGAGGGAAGGGGUUAAGUUAAAUAAAGAAGAUUAUUUUUUGUUUCCUGACUUUAUCCAAGA